CAGCUUCAAUAGUCUCCUGUAGCUUCAACACAACUAGCGAGUUCGUAGAGAGAACAACAGAGAGAGAGAGUGCCCACGGAAAUGGCGUCGGAGCAGGAGAGAGAGGAACUCGAACGCCGUGCGAGGGAGGGAGAGACGGUGGUUCCCGGCGGCACUGGUGGCAAGAGCCUCGAGGCCCAGGAACACCUCGCUGAAGGGAGGAGCAAAGGAGGGCAAAAAGGAGGGCAGACGAGGAAAGAGCAGGUAGGGAAAGAAGGGUACCAGGAGAUGGGCCGCAAGGGCGGGCUGAGCUCCACCGGGGAGUCGGGUGGAGAGCGUGCCGCUCGCAAGGGCAUCGAGAUCGACGAGUCCAAGUUCAAGACCCGGAGCUGAAUUCUAUGUUCAGCUUCUCUACUUAGCUACUAGGGCCUCCUUUUGUUUCGAGUUUUUUGAGGUUUUGCAUGUGUAGUAGGAUAAGAUCACCAGCAUCUGCGUUGUUAUUGUAUGUUGUGGGAAGUUUUUGGUGCUGGUGGCAGUGCGUAUAGCUAAGCUGGCGUCUGCAGUACGUGUUCCACUGUACAUAUAAUGGAAUGCCUGUUCGUACUC